AUGGCUUCCGCUACAAGCUUCUACGACUUCAAGCCCCUUAACAAAACCGGUGCCGAGGUUCCCCUCGAGGACUACAAGGGCAAAGUCGUCCUGGUCGUCAACACGGCCUCCAAGUGCAGCUUCACCCCGCAGUUCGCCGGCCUGGAGAAGCUGUGGAAGUCGGUGAGCGAGAAGCACCCGGACAACUUCGUCAUCCUGGGCUUCCCCUGCAACCAGUUCGGCGGCCAGGACCCCGGCAGCAACGACGAGAUCCAGGAGUUCUGCCAGGUCAACUACGGCGUCACCUUCCCCGUCAUGGGCAAGGUCGACGUCAACGGCGACGACGCCAGCCCCCUCUUCCAGUGGCUCAAGGCCGAGAAGCCCGGCCUCAUGGGCCUGAAGCGCGUCAAGUGGAACUUUGAGAAGUUCCUCGUCGGCAAGGACGGCGCCGUCAAGGGCCGCUGGGCCUCCACUACCAAGCCUGAGUCGCUGGAGAGUGUCAUCCUGGCUGAGCUGGCCGCUAAGCAGUGA